AUGUUAUACGUUACAGGUUUGGUGGGGGCUCUUACCGUCACCCUGAUCCUAUGUCUGAUUAACGAGACGUUACACGCCUUCAUUUGUUUCGCCGAGAGCAUCAAUGCAUCCAGGUACAUAACAGAAGGGUGGAUCUACUCCGUGACCUUUCAGCACUGCCUGAUGGCAUUCCUGCACGUGUUUCGUGUGUACGUCUGCUGCCUCCUCGUGAUGUCACUAUCCACCAUGAAUGUCUGGAUCAUCCUGACGCUUGGAUUUGGUUCCGGAGUAGGAUACCUAUUGAUUCGUCCCCUGAUAUUUUACCUCCUCCACAAACAUCACAGGACUAACAACGGGACUAACAACACCAAAUGGACCAUCAUCUCUACGGAACCCCUCAGUAGUACCCCGAAAUCCUUCUCGGUCCCUCGACUGACCAUGUCACGUGAUUUGAUGGAUGCGCUGCGGGAGAAGCGGAUUUCCAAAAGCCUGUUGAGUGGAACAGUUGGAUCCGCCGACGUGUCUUUGCAGUGGGACUUCACGGGUAACAUGACCGAGGACCUGGAGCCAAACAACUGGAUCCGCCAGUCGCAGUGGGACGGGUCCCUGGAGAUGUUGGACACUGGGUACGUGGGCGGGGAUUCCCCGGACUGCUCCGCCGUCUCCGUCACCAUGUAUGUGUCCGUUGUGUAAUAUCAGUGUUAUAUCAGCCUCAUGUAUGUGUCUAUAGUGUGAUAUCAGUCUCCAUGAAAGUGUCCGAAAUGUGAUAUCAAUUACCACGCUUCCGUAGAGAGAGAACAAGGAAAACCAUUAUGUGUAUUUUGUGUGAUAUUUAUACCAACGAAUGUGUCCGUAGUUUUAUUAUGUGUUUGAUAUCUUGUAUUACCAUAUGUUCUACUCUACUAUUUACAGUGUUUAACGAUUAUGAAUUGAAUCCAGCAUUUAUAGUAGUUCCUAACACAAUAAUC